ACUUGGAUGAUGAGCAGCGGCGUCGUCUCCCCCUCAUCGUCCGCGGCCGUCUGGGACGAUCUCGACUUCCACCUGCAGCUCUUUUUGAUCACUCAUUGACGCGCCAUGUUUGAUCAUUUUCUCCAUUUCGACUCUUUUUCGCCUUUUUCUCCUCAUCUCCAUCAUCAUUUUUAUUAUUAUUAUUAUUAUUAUUACUGUUGUUGUUGCUGCUCUUAACGUCCGAUCAUCGCAUCAUCGCUUGGAUUCUUGCAAAAACAAAGAGGAUUUAUUCGUGGUUCUCCGCCAGGAAUGUAAAAGGACGGACACGCAACAACCAAAGCAGCAACUCCCGCUAUGCGCUCUGGCGCGGUGGCGCACGUCCGCGUCCUGUGCGUCUUUUUGCUCUGCGCGCACUAAAGAAGGGGAAACAAACAAAAAAAAAACACUUUCUUCGGAUACGCUUUGCUCCCUUUCUCGACACAUUUGGCUUACAAAAACAUUUAUUCGUCAUGGGGAAGUCGAUGUGGAGUUAUUAUUAUUUUGGAGUUCUCUUUAUUACCUUCAGAGCGGACUUUUGUCGCGCACUCAUCCUGGAGUCCAUCUACUGGAACACCACUAACACCAAAUUCGUGCCAGGUCAAGGUGUGGUUCUGUACCCCCAGAUUGGCGAUAAAUUGGACAUUGUGUGCCCGCGUGUGGAUGGCGGGGUGAGCGAUGGAGUGGAGUAUUACAAGGUGUACAUGGUGCCCAGGGUGCAGCUGGAGAGCUGCACCAUUACCAAGGCUGACACGCCUCUCCUCAACUGUGUCAAGCCAGACCAGGACGUCAAGUUCACGCUCAAGUUUCAGGAGUUUAGUCCCAACCUUUGCUUGGAGUUCUUCAGGGGGAAAGACUAUUACAUCAUCUCUACUUCAAAUAGCACAAUGGAGGGGAUCGACAACCAGGAGGGCGGAGUCUGCAAGACCAAGUCCAUGAAGAUGAUCAUGAGAGUAGGACAAAACCCUUCAGACCCCGUUUCACCCAAAGACAACCCCACCAAGGUGCCCAACUCUCCUAAACACCCAGACAGCAAGGACACCCAAAAAAACAAUGAAGUUCUGGAGAAGCCAGGUGUCGCGUCCAGAGAAAGUGAACAAAACAACACUGGCGGGAAGUCAUCCAAUUUCAUCGGUUCCGGAGUGGCCAUUUUUGUCAGCAUUGCCUCUGGCAGCGUCAUCUUUAUCAUCAUCAUCAUCAUGCUGGUCCUCCUGCUGCUCAAGUACCGGCGGCGUCACCGCAAGCACUCGCCACAGCACGCGGCCACGUUGUCCCUGAGUACUCUGGCCACGCCAAAGCGAGGCGGCAGCGGCGGAAACAAUAAUGGCUCCGAGCCCAGCGACAUCAUCAUCCCGCUCAGGACUGCUGACAGCGUCUUCUGCCCCCACUACGAGAAGGUCAGUGGCGAUUACGGCCACCCGGUCUACAUAGUCCAAGAGAUGCCGCCGCAGAGCCCUGCCAACAUCUAUUACAAAGUCUGAAGAGGAACUCUGAAAGCAAGAGACAGGAACAAUACCAGGGAAAGGAGGGACCAGGUCUUGGUUUCAGCUGCCACCAUGACUCCCUCGCUCUUUCUCUCCCAUUCUGCCAACUCCUCUCCUCUAUGUUGUCGAUAUUUUCUUUGUGAAAGGUUGCUGAUACCAAUUUCUUUUGGUAUCUCCACAGUCCAGCUGAGUUGGCAGAGGUUGGAGAAAUUGCUGCUGUUGCCACUGCUGAUACUUUACCAGGUCUUUAGGGAGCGGAAAGGCUUAACGUUUUCCCUUUCUGGUUUGUGGAUGUGGCCAACAUGUAGGGGACCUUAGAGGUAUGCAAGUGUUUUGUUUUUUUAACCCCUGUGCUAGGAUGCGACGGAAAUACGGCUGUAGGGACGCAAACGAGUCCCACAUCCUACCUGGGAUGUGGGACGGCCAUGUUGGCAUGACUUAGUCUGAAGAGGCUGGGUUUGAUCCUCAGUUUCGCCCGUGACUAAGUAUCCUUAAUGCUGCGUCAUCAGCAGGGGAAUGGUGUGAGCUGUCGGCUGUGGAAGUGAAAGCCCAUUCACGUUGCUCUCUCUCGAGCUUCACUGGCUGCAAAGACUACUUGGAUGUCCAAGGUGAACAAAGAAAGGGGAUACGUUCUUGCACUCCGGGACUUUCCUGACUGACUCACCACCUCCACGUUGUUUUUAAUGCGGAUUACACCGUUUCUCCUGUCGCUACACACCUGUUACUUGAAAGUUUUUCAAGAAAAAUGCAUCCCAUUAUGUGUCAAAAUGUACAGUGUAGCCACAAAGUCUCUUUACAAUUAAAAAAAUGUCUUACAAAAGCAAUUGAUGAGAUUUGUUGAUCAGAUUUUGUCUACGUACGGCAGUAGUGAUCAAAGCUUUCUUCACAUCAAACCUUUCCCGAUUGGAAUCAUGGUUCGUUGGACCGAAAGACCACUCACCUGGGCUUCUUUAUGGGGUUUUGCUAAAGAUAUCAAGUAUGGAACAAAGAAACGACACAUCAAGGACCUGAAGCCAAACAUCACUGAAACCAUUGCCGCCAUUAACUAGGCUAUGUUACAGCAAACAUGAUACCGUCUAGUCCUUUCUAAGUUGCAAUUCUUAGUCGAAAAGCUGGAGGCAAAAUUUUCCAGUGAGUCAACUCACCGAGCUACAAAGACAUUGGCUAUUUAGCUUGUUAGCGUCCAGUGUCGCUAUUAACCAAUGGCGAUUAAAGAAAGACGUAGUGUGUUAUUGAAGCAGAACCUAAUAGAAUCAUUUUUAUUCUCGAAAAUCCCCUGCAAAAAUUAUGGUAAAUGGGUUAUACUUGUAUAGCGCUUUUCUACCUUCAAGGUACUCAAAACGCUUUGACACUAUUUCCACAUUUACACACUGACGGUGGGAGCUGCCAUGCAACCAACCUAACCACGACCCAUCAGGAGCAAGGGUGAAGUCUCUUGCUCAAGGACACAACAGACAUGACGAGGUUGGUAGAAGGCAGGGAUCGAACCAGGAACCCGCACGGCUUCUCUCCCAAAAGCACCACGCCGUCCCCCGUACUACAAGGGCCGUGAGGCCAUGACGCGAGGUUAGAAUUUUGGGAGAUGCACGACAGGAGGAUUCCCCUGGCACAAAUAAACAAUAAACCAGGCAAAAUGGUCACAAUGCUUCAAUAUGUAAUCAUUCACAGAGCGAUACGUCUAAUCAUUUGCUUUUGUGAUGAACGUGUCAAAUUGUAAAGAGACUUUUGAGUGUUGUGCUUGAUCCGAAGUCUGGUUUGAACAAGGUUUGAUUCUUUCCACGCAGGCACAUCAUUUUCUGUGUAACUUUCAAACACAGGCGGAGUAACAAAGUCCUGGUAGAAAGAGCGGACGCCUUUAUAAACUUAGAGCAGCACUUUUAACACCGUUUUGGUACCUCUUAAGAGCAGUCCGCAGACAGGCAGCGAUACAGAUAAUUGGUCUAUCAUGGUCUCUUUGGAACCGGAGCUCGAGGCAGGAAAGCGUUAAGGGCAAUAAGGAAUCCAGUUUGCCUUAACAGUCGCAUUUUCUUUUUGUUUUUUAAUCUUCAGGUGAAGAAAGGCUGAGAUAGAGUCAAGGAUAGUAAAGCUGCGUGAAACAGCUCUCGGUACUGUAAAGUUUACCCUAGGGAUCCGAGGGCGCUAAUAAGCAUGACCUGUGCUCACCUGUUGUUUUAGACAUACUCUCAGGCUUUGUCCUCACGAACACGGAUAUAUACACAAAAAAAAGAAAAAUCAUUAUUUUUCUAUGCGUUUUGACCGUCCUGGGUGAACAUUUUCAAGAACUCUGGCACCAGGGUUUUCUGUAUUAAAUGGUUAAAAUGAAGCUUGUGAAAAAAUGUGCGACAUUGCCUCACAUAUUUUAAUGUUAUUUCACACCAGAAUACGAGUAAUUGACCUCAUUCGGAGGCUUGCCAGAAUGAAAUGUGUGCAAGAUCAAUAGCAUUUUUCUCUACAUUUACCAGGUCUACAGUGAUGAUAGUGGUAUCAAAGCAAAGGUAAGGCUUUGAUGGUUAAAUGUACACAUCUUUGCUAUUGGAUUAGAGCAGUGGAUCUUAACUUUGUUGGAGGUACCGAACCCCACCAGGUUCAUAUGCGCAUUCACCAAACCCUUCUUUAGUUAAAAAUAGAAUGUUUUUUUUUUUAAAUUCAAGACAAAGUUAUGUUAUUGGUAACCCUUUAGUAUAGGGAACAUAUUCUAAGCAACAAAGACUUAAUUUUGUCAUGAUCUGUGGUCGGGAUCAUGUUUUUCUUGUUUUUUUGGUAGUUUUUGGACUAUUUUAGUUCCAGUUUGCGCUCCCUUGUUUUGUUUGGUAACCAUGCCGACUUAUGAUUUUCACCUGAUUAUAAUCAAGACCCUUAUUUAAGCCUGUCUUUGCCAGUCAGUCGGCCUGGCGUCAUUGCUUGUUUUCAUGCGGUACCACUGUUCAUGUUGCUCGAUUCAUCCCGUGGCCACGUAAGUCUUGUUUAUUUCAUGCCACAGUUUCGUGUUUGUUCGAAGCCAUAGUUUAUGUUUAUUUAUGUCAUGCCACAGUUUUGUGUUUGUUCCCUGCCAUAGUAUAUGUUUGUUUACCUCAUGCCCUGCCAAGAUUUAAUGAGUUAAUAAAUAUGUUCCUACCUGUAAGCCUUGUCCGGAAUAGUCCGUUUGCAUCCCGGGAGAACAAACCUCGCAGUAAGCUGCGAAUCACCCCCGUCAUGACAGAAUGAUCUUAAGUCGGCAUGGUAACCAAACAAAACAAGGGAGCGCAAACAGGAACUAAAAGAGUCCAGAAAGUAACAAAACCAUAAUCCAAACCAUAGAUCAUGUCAAAUUUAGAGUUAUUUGGACACUUGGGGAACAUAUUCUAAGUAGCAAAGACUUAAUUCAGAGUUAUUUGGUUAGGGUUAUAAUAAUGCCAUGCCAAAUAAGGCAUCAAUAAGUACCAAAUAAUGACUAGUUAAGAGCCAAUAUGUUACUAAUUUGCAUGUUAAUAAGCAACUAAUUAAUGGUGAAUAUGUUCCCCAUACUAAAGUGUUACCAUGUUUUUUUUAUUUUACUGCUGCACAAAUUGAACCGUGCAUUAUCAUCACCUUCUUCAAGCAACAAAACCAACACUCGUGCAUUAACUCACAACAAAUUACACACUUGCAAAUAAGUCAGCUGUUGCCGUAUCCGUAAUAGGGAGAAGUUUGUAUUUACACGAUGAGUCUGGUGGGUUUUGACCUCCGCCGAACCCCUGAGGCCGACUCACCGAACCCCUAGGGUUGGAUCGAACCCAGGUUAAGAACCACUGGAUUAGAGUAAAUAACUUGUUUAGUGAGCUUUAGUGUAUGAGGAAAGAUUGUUGGAACGACUUAGUGUUAGCUUUCAAACCCUGUUACAAUACCGUUUUGUUUUUCUGAACUCAUUCCUGACAUAUGCGGACUUGGACUGUUUUUUUCAUUUCCAUAUUUGCCUAAUUGUUAGUGCUUGUGGAUUAAAUUGUUUUCUGUUUUUAGAAAAUCGGUUUGGCCGAGCCAUUAGCCAACCUUUGUUGUUUGUCUGUCAACACAAAUGCUACCACGCUAGUCCCUAUACUUGGGUCUGGCGGUUUAAAAGUAAUUAGUGAAUGAUUCAGGACGAAAGCGGUUUUGACAGCGAGAUUGUUAGAGACCAGUCGGCCAGCUGUUUGGGCUGCGAAGCGAGCUUGUCGACAACGCUGAAAUAAAAACAGCAAAUUUAUUCGGAAUCGAACAGGAAAAUGUCGUACCAAAACAUCUCUCUUAUCCAAUAUCAAAAAUCCUUCACUGCUAAGUUUCCAACAUGACAGAAAUUGACACAAAAGUUUUCUGCAGAAACCAGUCAAAGGAAGUUUGUUGUAAGUGAGCGCUAACGUCUAUGAACAGAGGCAUUAAAAUACUCCAACAAUUCAGCCAUGGCCAGCCUUUACAGAUUUGUUGAAAGUGGGGAAAAAUGUUUUUUUUUUUAAAUAUCCGUGUUGGUGAGGACAUGGCCUUACAUUGUCAGUGUUGUUCCAUCUCUAUUGUCAUUUUCCACGUUUUUUGGGUUUUGUGAUUUGACUCCAUUGAUGUACAUUUUACAGACUAAUAUGAGAAUUUAUUUAUAACGGACACGACAGCACAGACGGUGGCACGGACAAGAGGGUAAUAUUUAUACAUAGAUUAUGGUAUCAGCGCACAUUAUGCAACCUAGAUGUUUUAUUAUUUGAUAUAAUCUCGAGUCCUGUGAUUUCACGAGCUCUCCGGAGGAAGCAGGGCUAGGUGGGGCAUCAGGGACCCUUGGCUCUUCUGGAGCAGAGUAGCUGUGUCUCCUCAUCUCGCUCAGUGUAGCAGUCCCCAAAGCAUACUUCACACACACCCUUCAUGUUUCGCGCGUACGCGUAUGUGACUGUUCAGGUUUUCGGACAGUUCUGAAUAUCUUCAUCUUUUUUUUUUUUUUUUUUUAGCAAUUACGAGUGUAUUCUAGCCCAUCUUGUCAUUUUCUCAUAAAGAACAUCAAAUUUCACCCAAAAGCCAAGCCUAGAAAAAUGAGGUUUGUGCCUCUAAGAGGCUACAAAAUCUGCAAAUAUGCAAUUGUUAUUUAUUUUUUUAAUCAAUACUGAUAUUUAAAAAAAAAUACAAAAAAAAACUUAUGGAAAGUGUUCUUAACCACUGAACGAUGUUUCAAAAGACACAAUACAAAGUAUGUCAGAACAGCUUUAUUCCCCCCUACAACUAAUAGUACAAACCCCAUUUCCAUAUGAGUUGGGAAAGUGUGUUAGAUGUAAAUACAAACGUAAUACAAUUAUUUGCAAAUCAUUUUCAACCCAUAUUCAGUUGAAUGUGCUACAAAGACAACAUAUUUUUAUGUUCAAACUGAUAAACAUUUUUUUUGUUGUUGCAAAUAAUCAUUAACUUUAGAAUUUGAUGGCAGCAACACGUGACAAAGAAGUUGGGAAAGGUGGCAAUAAAUACUGAUAAAGUUGAGAAAUUCUCAUCAAACACUUAUUUGGAACAUCCCUACAGGUGUGCAGGCUAAUUGGGAACAGGUGGGUGCCAUGAUUGGGUAUAAAAGCAGCUUCCAUGAAAUGCUAAGUCAUUCACAAACAAGGAUGGGGCGAAGGUCACCAAUUUGUAAGCAAAUUGCCGAACAGUUUUAGAACAAUAUUUCUCAACGAGCUAUUGCAAGGAAUUUAGGGAUUUUACCUUCUACUGUCCAUAAAAUCAUCAAAAGUUUCAGAGAAUCUGGAGAAAUCACAGCACGUAAACGAUGAUAUUACGGACCGUUGAUCCUUCAGGCGGUACUGCAUCAAAAACAGACAUCAGUGUGUAAAGGAUAUCACCACAUGGGCUCAGGAACACUUCAUAAAACCACUGUCAGUAACUACAGUUGGUUGCUAUAUCUGUCAGAGCAAGUUAAAACUCUACUAUGCAAAGCAAAAUCCAUUUAUCAACAACACCAAGGAACGCCGCUGGCUUUGCUGGGCCCGGGCUCAUCUAAGAUGGACUGAUGCAAAGUGGAAAAGUGUUCUGUGGUCUGAUGAAUCCACAUUUCAAAUUAUAUUUGGAAACUGUGGACGUAGUGUCCUCCGGAACAAAGACGAAAAUAACCGUCCUGAUUGUUAUAGGCGCAAAGUUCAAAAGCCAGCAUCUGUGAUGGUAUGGGGGUGUAUUAGUGCCCAAGGCAUGGGUAACUUACACAUCUGUGAAGGCACCAUUAAUGCUGAAUGGUCCAUACAGGUUUUGGAGCAACAUAUGUUGUCAUCCAAGCAACGCUAUUGUGGACGCCCCUGCUUAUUUCAGCAAGACAAUGCCAAGUCACGUGUUACAACAGCGUGAUUUCAUAGAAAAAGAGUGCGGGCACUUUCCUGGCCCGCCUGCAGUCCAGACCUGUCUCCCAUCGAAAAUGCGUGGCACAUUAUGAAGCGUAAAAUACGACAGCGGAGACCCCGGACUGUUGAAUGACUACAUAAAACAAGAAUGGGAACGAAUUCUACUUUCAAAGGUUUAACAAUUAGUUUCCUCAGUUCCCAAAAGUUUAUUGAGUGUUGUUAAAAGAAAAUGUGAUGUAACACAGUGGUGAACAUGCCCUUUCCCAACUAUUCUGGCACGUGUUGCAGCCAUGAAAUUCUAAGUUAAUUAUUAUUUGCGAAAAAAAAUAAAUUUCAUGAGUUUGAACAUCAAAUAUCUUGUCUUUGUAGUGCAUUCAACUGAAUAUGGGUUGAAAAGGAUUUGCAAAUCAUUGUAUUCCGUUUAUAUUUACAUCUAACACAAUUUUCCAACUCAUAUGGAAACAGGGAUUGUAUUAUUUCAACCCAUAAGAACCCACAACACUUGAAAUGUCCUAAAAUGGUCCGUUCAGCUUUGCCCCCAAGUGACGUACAGCACACAUUGGUGGUUGUCAUGUGACUAUAACGGCUUCCCCAAAAUAGCAGCGCGUUAAGUAAGCCAGCUCAUUUCCAAAAUUAUAUUUAUAACUAUAGGGUGUCGUAUUUUACAGUACAACUACUUUUACAAUAUUUAUUGAAUGAAUUCCUAGAAAACAAGCACGAAAACAUCACUAUCUUGCUGUCAGCCUUAAAUGUGUCACAAUUGCAAAAAUUCUAAUACGACACUCAAUAAAUAUCACUGAUUCAAAUAUUUUGAGGAGUACAUGUUUUUAAAGUAAAAUUGUGGUAUUAGACACAUACAAGUGUCAAGUUAUUUUCUAAUAGAUAAUACAUCUAACUUGUGUGACAUCUUUUACAUUUAUUUUUAGUAUACAAAAAUAAUUACAAUAUAUACCUAACAACACAUAGUUUACUUUUAGGGCUGCGAUCUCCCUGAAAAGCCUGAUUGUUAUUAGCCUUACCGUCAGUUUUUGUGUGUUUAAAACAAUUUUAUACUAAUUCACUCAAACUUGAAUCUUUUGGAAUCAUUUGUCAAGCGUAAAAUAACAGAAUAACAGAAAUAAUUGUAUUUUGGCUGGUUUAGUUGAUUAUUUACUUUUAGCUUAUUAAUACAGUAGGAAGAGGAUUCAUAUAACCUAAUUUGUUGCGGCUUACCUGACACAUGAAACGUGACAAACUUUAACCUGCGGAUGGCAAUAGAGUAUUAAAUAUCUUAGAUUGCGACUUCGACUACAGCGUCAGUUGCUAUUUAGGGUGGCACUUUCCAUCAUUUUCAGAAGACUGCAUUGCAAAAUGAUUAACCAACCUCUUCCUCUCAGAGUAAUCCAUCCAGGAUUGGGGCCAAAUGAAUCCCUUUCCUACUACAUUAAUCUUUUUCCGAUGUAACCAUAAGCGGAAACAAGUUCAUAUUAAGCCUUCUGUCGUUCAAUAAUUACAUUUUUGAUUUUCACAGUAAUAUGGGACAAAAUGCAUUCCUUCUAGGAUAAUUACGGGACACAUGAUUUUGUUUCCAAAUAUGAGGCGAUUCUGUUUUUCAAGGGACCGUCGGCAACCCUAUUUACAUGAUACUUAAGAAAAAAAGAUCCCCUAUAACUUUAUAUUAAACAGAAAUGGGAGUGGGUUCUUAUGGGUUACAUUCUGCGGUUUUGCAGUCGUACGAAAGAUGAGCUUUGAUAAUGUCUGACACAGAACAAGAAUCUACACAUGUUGAGAAAAACACACUCAUUUGAAACACAAUUUGUUUUGUUGCCGUUUCACCGCAGCGAAAUAUGACAAUCUUAUUUGUUUCUUCGAUUCUGGUGUUUCUUUUUUUUUUUUUGCUUGACUAACACUCUCCAGACAUUGACCAGUUUUUGGUUUAACGUCGUACAAAAAGCCGCCGAGAGGCCUGAGAGUUUAACAGCAAGCAGGUCAAAAAAAAAAAAAGCACGUCAGGUUCCUGUUAAAAAAAAAAAAAAAAAAAAAAAAAGCCUUGCUCGUAUGGUCAGCCCUUUGGUCACUCGACACAGUAAUUUUGCACCAUCCUUCUGUAGGUAAUAAACUGUAAAUACAUUCAUGUUUGCAUUGUAUAUGGAUCCUGGGUUGUUACAAUAGCCUUAUUCACAUUUUUAGGAAAUUACAUAGGGAAAAUGUUUAGAAAAAUAAAUUGAACACACUUCAGUGAGACAGAGCAUACUACUUUUUUGGUAAAUAGCUUGUAAAUAUCGAUGAGGACACAAAAAAACAUUUUUAUAAAUCAAAUGUUUUGUAUACAAUUUGAAUUUUUUGCUAUGUAUUUUAGCUAGCGCUCAAUGGAAAGCCAGUGUACUCCCCACUUCCUUCCCUUUUGCACUGAUUCUGUGGUAAUUUGGUUAAACAAAACAAAAACAAAAAACAAGCAAACAUUUGCCAAACUGACUGCUGCAUAUUUGUGCCAUAAGUGUGUACCAUAAAUAUUUAUUGAACUAGUUCCUUUUUGGUUCCAUUUGGGAUUUAAUUUCAGUCCAGUUUGUAAGUAACACAGUAUUAUAUUUGCAUUGUUUUGUUUUCUGUCUUCCAACCUUGGUUUCUUUUGUUUACUUUCCCGUCGUGUUUACUGGGUGGCUGUCGUCCCUUCUUGUUAAAAAAGAGCGGGACAGGUUGUGAAAGACGGAGUCAGCGUUCAAAAUCUGAAACGAGUUCAACGUGAGGAUAUACUGUAUAACACACAUUCCACCAGUCUGUUACAACCUGAAAACGUUUUUUUCAAUAAAAUGUUUUUCCUAUGGA